GUUAGAACAAGCUCUGAAACAGCUAUUGAGGCUUGGCUUGAGGCAUCUCCAUGGAAACAGUACAGUUUCUCUGAAGCUCAAGGAAUGAGUGGGUUACCAAGAGAAGUGAUUAAAUGGCUGCAAAGCUUGGAUCUCACUCAUCCCAUCAGAAAUGUGAGGAGAGAUUUUUCCAAUGGCUACCUGCUAGCUGAGAUAGUGGGUUGGUAUUAUCCUCAGGACAUUCAAAUGCACUCCUUCUCCAACGGUACCUCAAUUCAGACAAAACUUGGAAACUGGCAGCAACUCGAGAGGUUUUUCAUCAAAGAACAGCUUGAUAUAGCUAAGGAUGUGAUUGAAGGAACGAUACACUGUAAGCCUGGUGCAGCUUUCUCACUCCUGGAGAGAAUGUACACCCUCCUCACGCACAAAGUGUUACACUACCUGCCAGCCAAGGGUUGCCCCACUGACUUCAGUGACAGCUCCUACCAGUCACAGCUACCUCUUCAUGCUAGGUCCACAACUGCUCAGUCCAUCAAGAACAACCUAGCUAAUACAGAGCUCACCACAAAACCAGACAGAACCCUCAGUACACAAAAGGCUCAAGCAAUCAUGGAAGCACAUGUGAAACAGCGGAAACAAGACAGAGAAAAUCACCCAGAGCAUUUUGGCAUACGAACAUCCACAAAUGGAAAGAAAACUCUGCCCAAAGCCAAUGCCAGGGAUGUAGACAAACAGGACGAAACCAUCAAGGAGAUUGAAGUAGAACAGAGACUAAAACCAACUAUGUCUUAAUUAUUAAUCUCUCGUAUGUAUAGUAAAAUUAUUGUAUGGUACAAAUGUAUUCAUAACUUAAACUCUUGA